AUGCCUGUGCCCUCGGAGGAGUUGCCCAUCCUCGAAGCGCUCGUCAACAUCAGAAAUAGAUUGACAGCUCUCAAGAAAGACAGGUCAGAGUACGUGCGCGCUCAGGAUGUCCUCAACAUCUUCUCGGCCGUCAUCAAGCAAGUCACCAAGCUGAACGAUUUGCGCGACACCCGAGAUGCCAAAUCGGCAGCGGCAGAUUCGUCGACGACCAGCAGCGGAUCCCCAUCCUCCGCGUCAGCGCCUGCCGACUUUCUCGAGCCAGACCAAGCCAAUAGGCUAGAUACAACACUCAACGACGUUUUCCAGCUCCUCUCGCUCUUCUUUCUCACCAUCGGCAAGUCGCGCGAAUCACCGGCAUCUUACUGUCAGCUGGCGACCAUGAAGCAACUUCUCGACCACAUGAACGAGAGCGGCAUCUACACGGAGAACGAUCUCGCACCCUUUCAGACACGCCUGACUGAGCUGCGAGAGAUCAUCGUCAGCUCGGACAAUCCGGCCGCGCUGACCAAGCUGCUUCUCAAGAAGCACAAUGACUGCCAGAAAAUGGUCGAUGUCCUCGUCAAAGGCCUUUCACGGCUGAGCCACGAGCUCGUGCCUAUACAUCAGCGUCUGAUAACCAUCAGGAGGCAGCUUGCCGCAAUAUACUCCAAGCCGACAGCCAAGAUGAACAAGGCCGACAUUGAAGUUCUCAAGGAGGAGCUGCGGACGAUAGACUCAAAGCGCGUCGACGGCAAAUUCCUAGGGCCGGGCGGCUCAUCUGUCCCGGAGGGUCAAGCACUGUUGGCGGGCAUCUUGUCCAAUAACUUUGAUCUCUGCGAAGAGAUCGCAGCAAGGGGCGAGGACGUCGCGCCGCCGCUCAAAUUGAUCUAUGAUCGUCUGAGCGAGAUGCGAGCUCAGCUCGAGCGACUCACUCUCACGCAUCGAUGGACACUACGCGAGACAGAUCUUUACAAUUAUCAAAUAUCACUUCAAGAGAUCGACAGCAUGCGGGUUGACGGUCGGUUUGUCGACAGCGAGGGCAACAAGCCGGACGGUCAGCUGGUCCUGCUCUAUCUGCUGCGACGAUGCUAUGGCCUCAUCUACCGACUCAUGGCGUCCUCUGAGCCGAUAGCAGAGGAGCUCAUGCCGAUAGCAAACAAAUUGUCGACCGUCAAACGUUGUCUUACGGAGCUGUCACGGUAUGGCGGUCCCUACUCCACUCGCGACCUGUAUCCGUACCAGCUCGCGCUUUCACAGAUUGACGCUAUUCGGGUCGACGGCAAGUUCAUGGGCGCCAGUGGAGACGUACCAGAAGGCCAAGCAAUAUUGCACGCAACAAUGUCGGAAUGCCACGAGAUCAUUCAGUCGCUCAAGGAAGAGAUGGAGCAACAGCAGGGGGAAGAAGAGAGAGGCGUGCUUAGCUCCUGA